UUCACUCGUCCGUAACAAUUAACACGUAGCGCGGAUUGCUUUUCUUUGUUUAAUAAGUGUCAUUAUGAUUUUCUAGGGGGUGGAGACUAGAAAAUUGUGUAAAGAAGUCGAUGCCCUCGACUGGCAUUCGCUGUCUCCUAAUAAAUAACCACGACUUCGCGCUUUAAGAACCUCCGGACCGACUGGUUUCGCGCGUUAGUGCCAUCUAGUAACGCGUAACGUCAUUACCGUAACAUUUCUCGAAACGUUCCUAAUGCCACACCGUACGUAACUUUCUCGCUUUUAAUAAUACGCAAGAAUUAAUGAAGUGUUUUUUUUUAUUUUAUUGCAAUUCGUGAAAAUUCCCGAGUUGUGCCACAGUUGGAAGGACCUAAUUCUCGAACUUAAACGGGAUUAAAUGUGAUUACAAUUCCCGUGCGCUACAUAUACAAUAGUUAAUAAUCCUCGAGGACUACCGGAAGUGGAGUUUGCCCCAAAAUUUGGAUCCUUCGAAUGACGUAUUUCUCUCUGACGCAAAGAAAGUACGCGAUUUCUGAACGUCUCGAACUUCCUUACUUUUGCUCGAUUUAUGUGGAAAUUUGGGUCACCUCCAGUUUUGAUAUAUAAAUAAUUUUACGAGUGCAUCCGAGCCUUUUGUUGUGUGCAUCCAAGUAUUAUUAUUGUUUUCUUUUUCUUUUUUUUUCUGACGGUUGCAUGACCGGUCAUGCCGGUCAACACGCUACGAUCCGAAAGAAAUCUAGUAAUUAGCGAUGCUCUUAUUAGUCUCACCUAAAUUGCAAAUUUCUGACAUAGAUAUUGACCUCCAGUGUAUUAUUUAUUUAUUUAUUUAUUUUAUUUUUUCCUUUCCUCGGUCCAUCCCCGUUAGCGCUUUUUUACGGUUAAUUAAAAAGAUGGUGGCAGAAGUGUUCGGCAAAAUAGCCUUUAUGCGAGGAUUGAAAAUGCUGAAAGGUGCAAAUGUUGUAGUUAAUUUUCUAUUAGAAACACUUAGUUUUGUACAGGGUGUACAUAGAAGUACAGUAGUAGCUUUAUUCUCGUGUAGAAUCGCAUCCUCUCACGCGUUAUCCCCAAAUGUGGCAAUGUAGUGUUUUUUGGAAUCGCAUCAAAAACCGAAUUUGGCAAUUUUUUUCGUUACGUUCCCGUAACGAUUUCUCGGUGUGACAUUUUUAGUCUAUUUUGGAUCGACCAUUCCGGUGUUUUAGUCGGAUUUGUUACUGGCAAAAUCUCUCUCUCUCGACCUAAAUAUCAUAAUCUCCUCCACUUUUUUUCUUUUUAUUAUUAGUUUAAUCGUGUCUUUGUUACGAAAUGCUCUUACAGAAACGUUUCGAUCGUUACGUAUUGCGUUAUUUACCAUAUUUUGGCUCAUUAAAAGCGUGGAAAACUACGAUAAGUCGAUGCGUAGUGUCUUUAUAAAAGCUUAUUUUUUUCGGUUAGGAAAACAUCGAAACGAUUAAAUUCUGUUUACCGUGCGUAUAACCCAGUGUAAACUUUCAUUUUCUGGCAAUAAUUCAGAGAUUCGGCAUCGGCUCUUUGUUCUGCGUCGAACGACGGGGACGAGCACCUUCGACACAAAAGCAAUAUCCUCGGUUCUCGCGCACGUUCCACUUUUUGUUUCUCAACCGGAAGUGACGCCGGUUUAGACACCGCUUUUAAACAAAACAAGCGAAGGUAAGAAGGUACUGCGGGAAAACAAAAGAGAAAAGAAGAAAAAAAAAACAAGAAGGGGAAAAAAAUGGAGCAGAACCGUCCCACUCUCUCCGUAACGGAUGGCCGAUUUUUACGUUAAUUCGGGUAAAAACAGUUCGAGUAGUAUUCCGAACUUUAUUGUUUCGGGCCAUUACGGUCGACGGUAACAAAGGAAAGAAUAGAAGAUGGUGUUCGGCGUAGGCAUGGCCGAGUUUACGUCGUCAUUUUCGACGCUUUUAAGGGUUAUCCGCCUAAGGAAGGGGUCGAACGAGCGACCGAAAUGUGGGGGGUGACAGAUUCGAAAUCCUACACUGGCCGCGACCUUCGACCCCCUCGCUACGUAAAGAAAUCCGCAGCGAAUUAUAAAUAAAUUCGAAACUACCAGGUUACGUCGGAAAGGAUAGUUUGCAGCUUUUGUUAAAAGGUGGUUGGGAGAAACCCUAACUGCGCACCUUUCGCAGGAAGUUUGAUUCCUUAACCUUAAUGCGACAGACCUUCAUAAUUCGCGCGUGACUAGAAAGAAAGGGGAAAGCGACGUCGUCGAUCGAACUAAAUUUAGUUUGGAGGAAAGUGAACUACUGUUUAAUAUGAUUUUAACAGUUUCUUUGUUGCUUUACGCUCCGUUCUAUUUAUAAACAUUAAUUUAUAAGUUGCGCAAGAUCCAGUCGUAAGUCGAAGCCUUCUUGGAAUUCGGCUCGCUCCGCGUGGAAGUCUUUCGCGACGCGACACUAAAAGAAAACCUGUUAGACGCGUGCGAAAACAAUACAAAGACAUGACUGCGCGUGAAUUGUAAAAAAAAGACGAAGUGCCAACACGCUGUCGGUUAUCGUUCCGAUUACGACGAUCCCACUUUGCCGGGAUCUUCACGUUUUAAUUAGGAACCCGGGGGGGGAUUUUGCGGCGGAGACGCAAAAACAAAGGAGAAAGGUGGCGCGUGCGUGCCGAUUCGGCAACGUCGACCUUCCAGUCGGAAAGGGAAGGACCAGGGUUCGACGCCGUCGGACGCUACCUCGGGAGGUGCCGCUCGAAAGGUGCCACCGGUCGAACGACGGCGCAGUCUCCGUGACGUCACGCCAGUACCGGUCGCGCGCGCCGACGAAGAGCUUACCGUUAAACCCCGUUCGGCCGCCGAGACGCGUCGACGGGAGGAGAAUCGCGCGUCAUGCUGAUCGUUCUGACACCGAGCGCGCCGUCGUCGCCGUCCAAACGCCGCGCCCCCCGAUGGAAAAGGCGGAAGAGGAGCGUCGUUGCCCUUCCCCUCCGUUCCCUCAGGGACAGGAGGAAGUGCCGGACAAAGGACGAGACCGAAGGAUCGGACAACAAAGAGGAAGGAGAAGCGAAGAAUUGCUCCGUGGUGCAGCGAAGCUUUAAUGAAUGCUACUUUGUGGUCAAAGGUGCCGCCAUAGUCUUGCCUCACGACGAGUGCAUGCACGUUUAUAGAAAGAAUAGAAACAACGGAGCUGGUGACAUACAACGGCAUCUCCAGUCCAUGUUCUACCUUUUACGCUCUUCGGAUACGCUGAGAAUGGCAGUGAAGCUGGAGAGUGUGCAUGCUGGAAGAACGAGGUAUCUGGUAGUGGUGUCCUGCGUGGGUCGUCAGGACACCGAGGAGAGCUGUCUUCUGGGUGUCGACUGCAAUGUUGAGACCACUGUUGGCCUGGUGCUGCCCGUCUGGGCCGACACUUCCAUCACGCUGGACGGAGAUGGUGGCUUCAGCAUCAGUUCCACUGGAAGACACCACAUCUUCAAGCCAGUGUCAGUCCAGGCCAUGUGGUCUGCCCUCCAGACAUUGCACAAGGCCAGUGCCAGGGCUCGAGAGUAUAAUUAUUAUGCUGGAGGAGGAACUCACCAGUGGAUUGAAAACUAUGAGAAGAGAAUCGAGUCUGACCGCUCUUGCCUCAAUGAAUGGCAUGCCAUGGAUGAUCUGGUAUCCCGAAGGCCCCUCUCUCCUGACACCGUGCGUUCAGAACCAACAGAGAGGGACAACACAGAGAAGCUUAUCCGUACAAAACUUAAAGAGUUGAUGAUGUCUGUAGAUUUAGAUGAAGUGACUAGUAAAUAUAUUCGUAACAGAUUAGAAGAAGAAUUGGACAUGAAUCUCAAUGAAUACAAAUCGUUUAUUGAUCAAGAAAUGCUAACCAUACUCGGACAGAUGGAUGCUCCCACGGAAAUCUUUGAAUAUCUCUAUUUGGGAUCCGAGUGGAAUGCGUCCAAUCUAGAAGAAUUAAAAUUCAAUGGAGUCGGACAUAUUUUGAAUGUGACCAGAGAAAUAGAUAAUUUCUUCCCCGGUAUGUUCGACUAUUCAAACAUUCGCGUCUACGACGACGAGACGACACAGAUGCUGCAGUACUGGGACAAAACUUACAAAUAUAUUGCCAAAGUCAAGAAUAAAGGUUCUAAAGUAUUGGUUCACUGCAAGAUGGGCAUCAGCAGGUCUGCAUCUGUGGUGAUAGCAUAUGUCAUGAAGGCCUACGACUGGAAUUUAGAUAAAGCUCUAGAGUUUGUCAAAAAUAAAAGAAAUUGCAUUAAGCCAAAUUCUGGGUUUUUAAAACAGUUAGAAAUAUAUCAAGGAAUUUUAGAUGCCAGCAAACAGAGACAUAACAGUCUGUGGCGUUCUAAAUCCGAAACAAAUCUGAAAUCUCCAGAGAAACCAAAAAAGGGUAGAAGAAAAGAGGAGAAGAAAUUCAGAAAUUGUAAGAAAGAUGAGUGUACGUACUUAGUUAUUCCCGGAGGUGCCACUAGACCCAAAUCGUGGUCUCCGGACGAUGCUACUGCCGACAUGCUGUUUUCCAUUCAGACGCCCAUGAGGGAAUUUCAUACAGAUGAUUAUUAUAAAGGCAACAGAAAAGAAAGAUAUGCGAGAAGAUAUGGUACGGAUUUGGAAUUUUAUAACAAUGCAGAGAACAAGACAACAGGUGCCGAAGAGUGCCUGCGGAGUUCUCCAAAGUCUGACUCUGACGUCACAGAGUUGGCUCUCGGAGUGGAAAAUGACAUAACACCUGGAGCAGAUGGAGGAAUCCACAGGGUAUCUUCCAUCAAAGACAGAAUUAACAAAUUGGAGUCGCAGGUGCACACUCUUCCAGCUGUUUCAAAAGUACUUAAACCGGAACCCAUCAACAAAUGUGGUCUGGUGUUAAAUCUGGCCAAUCAUUUUGAAUGUGGAAAUUCUAAACCUGGAACGCCUUCUCCGGUGGAUGAGGGACUGACCAUGAAGAGGGUCGAAAAUAGUUUGGAACAGGAUGUCCAGGGUGUGGAACCGAUAGUGUCUCAGACGAAACCGCCCAUUGCCAAACAUCAGGCCGUGCUGAUCAAACCGGGUCCCUGGCCUGACGGCGGUGGCGAAAAGUCCAUUCCGACGGAUGAUACCUCUCGGAUCUCCGAACCAGAAAGUGGCCAACGGCAGGACGAAAAUCGGUCCGAUGCAAAAGAAAACUUACCGAGUUCGUCCUUAAUACAUUCUUUCCUGGAAAAGAAUCCCGAUCAAUUAGACAGUGCUGCUCCUGACAAUUUAACGCAAAACUCUUUCGUCCCUAUUAGCAAUCCAGUUAAAUCAAAUGCUUUAGAGAUAAAUCAAGACAUGAACAUUCAUGCAUCCAAGCAUUCUAGUCAUUUGGCUGCAAACAUAUUAAAGAAAAAUAGUAGUGUUGUCGAAGCACCAGUUUCUAAUGUCAAUCACUCUGACUCAUUCUGUUAUAGUGGAGAAACAAAAACUACGCUAAAUACGUGCCACGUUCCACAUCAAAUUUCCCAGAUGUCAGUACAGUACCCUCUUAUGCAAGAAACUGUACCGAGUAAAUGUACUCGCAGCGAACCAGUUAGUAUUGUUUCCCAAACAAAGUAUAUAGAAACAUCACAGAUUACUUUAUCCACCGAUAACUGUUCACCUCAGAAUGAAAUCUAUAACAAGGAAGCUAUACCGUGGACUCCAGGAACUGUUCUAAGAACAAAGCAGCAGUUAGAAGAACAGAAUAUGAAAAAGACUUGUGACUUGAGUUUUCCCAUGCUUUCUCAGUCCACGCCAUCAACACCCCCCGAAGUCUGUUCGGAGACAGACGAAACCAUUAAGUGCGUUCAGAGAUCGAACAGUUUACGUAGCGAACACAGACCUUCUUCUUUGUACGGUGGUAAAUAUUAUCCGUUACCGGCUCUGGCAGGCCCCAGGCCUUUUAAGACUCCCAAGGGAAGAGUUACAUCGCCGGAACCAAAUAACAGAACCGGAAUUAUUCACAGUGUCAGUUCGCCGUCGGUCGUCGAAGCGGUCAACGACGUGAUCUGUGGAACACAAGAAAUUCUUAACAGUGCCAUUCGGUCCCUACCGUCGGAGAGAUGUAGCGUCUCUCUGGCAGGUAAAACUAAUACUAAAUUGCAAUCCGAUGUAGAUAUAUUGGAAUUUAGUAACAUUAAUAUAAAUAAUAAUUACAGUACAAAUCAAAGAACGGAUAAAGGAUUGACCGAUAAUCCUUUACCGGGAACUGUUAAGCAACAAAAAGAACUGUUAGAAAAUUUGCAUGUGAAGUCAAUGACCGGAGAGGAAUAUAAAACAAGUAAAGAACAAAUGAAAUUAAUCAAAGAAUAUGGGAAGAGUCUAGUCAGUGGGAUUCAGUCUUUGGAAACGGAAGAGAAAGAUUCAGGAAUGGUAAAACGUCUGACAAAAGAAUUAGAAGCCAAGUCUGGAUCCUCUUCCCACAAGAGAGAGCGGAUCGUCAUACUGAAUAAAGAUGGGGAAGAAAUAGACGCAGUACCCAAAGGAGAAGAUCCAUGUGAACGUAUAUCCACCAGUACUCCGUCAUCGCCCACCAUAGACUGCAGGUCCAGGCUAUGUACGGUGGGUUGCGAUGCAAAACUUAAUUCGAAACCUACAUUUGUAAGUACACACAAAUAUCACAUAAACAGUUCGGAUAGGGUGCAAGCUGAAGAUAAACAGUUGCCACCUCCUCCCGCUCCUCACCGGAAGGCUAGUUUGGAUUUAGAACGGUUAAAAAUCCCCCUCUGGGGCCACUCGGGUCGGCCAUGCAAUCGGACGGUCUUGCCAAACUCCAGACUCUUUCCUGAGAUGCUGGCCAACAUACAAAAUCUUCCAAAACUGCCGAGAUCGCUCUCCUCAAACGGUCUCCAGAAGAGCAUGAUGCAGAUCACUCGGCAAUUGACUCGAACCACUUCUAGCGAGAACGUGUCUAACCUAGAAGACAUUAAGAUGCUUUCACCCGUGGGAUCGCCGCCCCCAUUAAAAUCCAUCCCCGUUUCGGUUCCGCCUCCACCUCCACCGCCCGGUCCACCCAGAAAAGUGCGAAAACAGCAGGGAAAGAAUCACCCCCUAACAAAACUUUCGGCCAAACAGAGGCACGCUAAUCCCCUAUACAAUACCAUGUGAUGUAAAUGGAUAAAUAUUUAGAAUUUAAAGAAUGUCACGUUGGCUUGUUAUCUAUCCACUGCUUCACUAUUCCGUUGCAAGUGGUGGUUAAUUUGAUAUAAGAAAUGCCUAGCAUGUGUUAAGGUAAUAAUGUUGACAAUAUCUUUUUUGGCCAGAAAUAUAUAAAGAAAAGCAAUGUUCCUUGUUUCACCUAAACUUCGUGUAUAGGAUAACUUUCCAGUUGCCAUUAAAAGACUGUAACGCGUUACUCUAUUGACACGCACAAGCAAUUGGACAGUGGCAUUGUCUUCUCGUACAACAGAUUAUUGCUGACUGACCUUCUUGUUUUGUAUAUGAAAAAAAUCAAAUGGUUACCAUCUACACGAUUUCUGUAUACUUUAUUUUAAUUAUGUAAAAAAAACAUACUAUUUAAUAAAUGUAAUUUUUAUAUGUGAUUCCGGGUUAGCAAUUCUCUACUUGUACAGCAUGUGUACAGAAGUAAUUUUUGCCAGUCGUCGGAUGACAGUGCCACUGCCAUUUUUAGUUGAAGUUUUUGCCGGAAGCGUGUGCAAUUUUCGGCUGCGACCUUUGUUCCUCCACUCUCGUACAAAACUUAGCCGUUUGCCAGAGCAGUCCAGUUUUUGUAGCCUUAGAAACGAGGGACCAGCCAUUCUACAUAAUAAAUGAAUCUAGUCCGUAGGGGAAGCAGUCUCUGUUAUAUAAACUCUAUUCCAAACACCGGUCUAUCAGUUAACUGGCAGCUGGAAAUUGGACACGAUGUACGUCAAAAAAUGCCUACGCGCAUCAAGCUUCGUCAUAACUGAAAACACGCUGCAUCGGUUUACUUUAAAAUGCCGGGCUUCUAAGUUUAAAGGAAAUAAUCUUAGAAUCCCACUAGUUUCUUUAUUAGUGCCGAAAACGGACCCGAGCUCCGGCGGGCGAUGUCCCACAGAGUGUCUAUCUAGACUCUCCGGAGAAGACGACCGGAAUCGGUUACAUGUUGCCUUAAAAACAAAAGCAUCUUUCGUUCGAGUACAAUUGUAAAUACGUGGCACGGGAUGCCCGAGUCUUGCCGACCCGUUAAAAAUGCCUUUGUCGUCGACAUAAUUCGGCAGUGUCAAAUAUACUGCACGAUACAGGUGAUUAUGCAUGAAAAUAAAGGUUUCCAUAGAAUU